AUGGAUGAGCCCAAGGAAGGAGUCAAGACUGAGAACAAUGAUCACGUUAAUUUGGAGGUGGAGGAGAAGGAUGGUUCUGUGGUGAGGUUUAAGAUUAAAAGGCAUAUGCCGCUUAGUAAACAAAUGAAAGCUUAUUGUGAACGACAGGACACACCUGCACAGCUGGAAGUGGAGGAGGAAGAUGUAGUUGAUGAGUUCCAGCAACAGACAGGAGGUGUCUACCAAAAAGGGAGCCUGCUGCUUUACUGCAGAACGCUCUUUCUCCAGACCAAGAAGACAUUCUCAAUGAGAAAACUGCAAUUUGGUUCCACCACAUCCUGA